AUGAAAUAAAGACCUACAACUGCCAAAAUACCAAUAAAUUUAGACUCUAAUGAAAUUCAAUAAUUAUACGAGCUUGAUAGUAAUUCACAUUGAGUUGAACUAGGUCGUUAAUAUUAAUUAAUUGGAAGUAAUCUUUCUCAUUUUGUCAUCUUAAGUGAAUUAGGCAAGGGUUCAUUUGGUGUAGUCUAUAAGGUCAAAUCUACAUAAGAUGGACUGAUCUAUGUCUUAAAGAAGAUUAAUCUGACUCAUCUUAAACCAAAACAUUAAGGUAUGAUGAUUUCAGAUUUUAAGCUGAAGCAUUAAAAGAAGCAUAACUUCUACGCAAACUAAAACAUCCAAAUAUUAUUACAUAUUAUGUAAGUUUCAUUGAAUAAGACAAUCUUUGUAUUAUUAUGGAAUAUGCAGAAGGAGGUGAUCUUUAGAAAGUACAUAAUAAUAUUAAUUAGUUACUCAAAGAAUAUAAGGAAAAAAGAAAAAGCUUUAAAGAAACUACUAUCUGGAAAAUUAGUAAAGAACUAACUCAAGCUAUAUAACAUUUACAUGAUAAUAAUAUAAUUCAUAGAGAUAUAAAGAGUCUCAAUGUUUUUCUGACUAAAGAUAAACAUGUGAAAUUAGGUGAUUUAGGAGUUUCUAAAAUAUUUAAUUCUGAAAUUGCCUUAAAUGGAACUCGUGUUGGUACUCCAUUAUAUCUAGCACCAGAGCUUGUUUAACAUGAGCCUUAUGAUUAUAAAGUAGAUGUUUGGGCUCUUGGUUGUAUUAUAUUUUAGCUAGCUACUCAUGAACCACCAUUUUAAGGAGAUAAUCUAAUAGCUUUAGGUUAUAGUAUUGUAAACCAUCCACCAAAACAUUUACCUUCAUAAUAUACUAAUUGUAAAUUACUUAAACCUAUCUUUAAGAAUUAUCCUAAUUCAUUUCUAAAUUAUUAGAAAAAAACCCAUAGCAUAGACCAACCAUAUCAUAAAUUAAUAAUCUAUUCUUUUAAUAAUAAUGUUAAUAAUAAACAAAGUAUCUAAUUUUAAUAUAAAACAAGCUAAACUUAAGCUCACUCUUAAUCUAUUCCAAUCAAAAAUUUAAAGCAUUUCUCUAGACCUUCGACUGGCAAUCCCAAUCAAUAAAUUACCACUUCAAAUAUAUUAGAAAUCGAUAAAAUUAAUAAAAUAAAGAGAUCUAUUUUAUAAGAAGACAGUAAUUCUGAUAAUCUUUAGAAUUAUGAAUAAAUUAAUCAAAGUUAAAAAUAGUUGGAAUCUGAUAAAAUACUUAAAGCUUAAUAACAUUUUAAAAUAAUUCAAAAAUAAUAAGAGAAAUUAGAAAAAGAAAAAUUUGAAAGAGAAAAAUUAUAACAGGAAAGAUAGAUGAAAAUUGAAAAUUAUGAACAAGCAAAAAUAGAAAAAUAAAAAUAACACUUAUUUCUAUAAAAAGAAGAAUAAAAAUUUAAUAGAAUUGAUAAGUCUUUGAACUAAAAAUAAAUUUAAUUAGAAUCAAAUGAUAAUGAAUAUCUCUUACAAAAACCCAUAUAAUAAUUUCAACAAAAUAACAUUAAACUAAUUGUUGAAGAUUUUGAUAUUAAAUCUUCUAGUGAAGAUCAAAAAUGUUCUCUUUCAGUUGAAAAAAAUUCAUAAUUAAAAAUCAAAUUAUAAAAACACUCAAAUACAUAUUAAUCAAAUAUUUAAAUAAGACCACUUUCUGCAUAAGCAAGAAGUUAAUUUGUUAAUAUCUCAUGCAAAUCAAAAUUAAUUCCAGUAUAGCACAAUAAAUCAGCUCAAGAAACAAAAAAAUUUACUAUUUUAGAUUUAAAUCCAAAAUCUAAUUAAAAUUCAUUUCAUCAAGAAAUAUAAAAUAAUUAACUGUCUAUUAUUAAUUAACCUGAUUCUAAUUCUCAACAAAAUGUCAAUAAAAUUUAUAAUAAAGAGAUUUAGAUUAAUAAAACAAAAGAGAAUAUUCGUCUUAAAAGCACAUUUAUUUUGUAAAAUAUUCAUAAAAAAUUUAAAAAUUCAUCUUAAGAAUAAUGUAAUUAAUAAAUUGUUAAACAUUACACCUUAAAAGACCUAGAAGAGUGA